AUGGGUAAUAGUCAAGUUCCCUAUGUGUUCACUGAGAAAGAUAUAGUUAUUUUACAAAAGUUGACUGGUAAAUCAAAAUCGGAUAUUCAAGAAUGGUACAAUGAUUUUACAAAAAAUUGUCGAAAUGGUUAUUUAGAAUUUGAUGAAUUUCUUACUGGUUACAUUUUAACGACAGAUGGUUCAGCUCUAGACAAAAUUGGAUACGCGUUCGAUGUUUACGAUGUUAAUGAUAAUGAAGUAAUUGAGAAGAAAGAAGCUAGAAAAAUAAUUCGGUUAUUGUUUAAAAUAACAAACAUGUCCGAGAAUGAUGUUGAAAAUUAUACAGAAACCGUCAUGUUAUCGUUUGAUAUAGAUAGAGAUAAAGCUAUAUCACGGAAAGAGUUUAUUGAUGGAUGCCUAAAUGAUUCAACAUUAGGGAAAAUGAUUAGUCCGUUUCAUGUGUAUUAA